UAUCUGAUUAUCUCUCGAAGAACAAUAUAUCGAUCAAGAAUGACAAUACGCCUACUCCAAUCCCUCAAUUCAUGCUGCCCAAAAUUGUUGGUGCAUCAAUUGCCCACCACUUUUACAACAUAACAAAUCAACAAGCAAAACCGAUUAGCCAGCUUGCUCGAGAAUUUUCCAAGUCUAGCAUACCUGAAGCACCAAAUCGCGGCCAAUGGCAAUUUAGAGCAGGUUGUACAAAAUACUAUAACGAUAAAAACAAUCAGUUGAAUAUCCAGAUGAAGAGAGUCUAUGUUUUGACGUCGAAACAAUGGUUAGAGACAGUAAUUUUCCUGUGA